GAGGGGCCGAAAGAAUUGACAGAAGGAGAGGCGCCGGAAGAGGGUGUUGGCGCUGGAGUGCUUUCCACACUUUUUGCUUUGGAGAGACGACUCGGAAAGUGGAAGCGAAAGUGGCUUCCUAGGCCGGUGGAGGUGGUGCCGUUAGGCAGUCUGGAGGAAGCCUAA